GGGGGGCAGCCCCUGCGCUACUUGGGGGGGGGGCCCUGAAGUCUCCCCGCGCUCGGUCUCGAGACGCCGGCACAGCGCCGCAAGUGGCCAAAGAGCGACACGUCGGGGGCUGUCGUCUUGUUGGUGUUGUUGUUGUGGCGAGUCUCGGAGCUGUCGACAACAUCGACUCUGUGUGUGUGUCGGGGGGUGUUGCGGUCCGGUGCCUCAGCCCGCAGUAAGCAGCCGACUCUGACACCCUGCGCCGUCUUUAAACAGCCGCUUCGCGUAGAAGGAAGGGCACCAGCAUGGCUGAGCAGGGGAAAGACUCCACCACGACCACGACCACAACAACAGUCGCCAUUAUAGGGAGCGGGCUCAUUGGCCGGAGUUGGGCCAUGCUGUUUGCUGCCGCGGGCUUCCCCGUGCGCCUCUACGACUCGCUGCCCGGCGUCGCGGAGAAGGCCCUGCAGGACAUCCGGGAGAAUCUGAAAUCCCUCGCGGCAUCCGGCUCCCUGCGUGGAUCCCUGCCCGUGGACUCUCAGCUCUCUCUCAUCCAAGCCGUCGCUGAUCUGUCGGAGGCGGUUAGCGGUGUGGAUUACGUGCAGGAGUGCAUCCCCGAGGACCUGAGCAUGAAGGAGGAGCUGUACCGGCAGCUGGACCCGCUCCUGGGGCCCCGCACGGUGCUCGCGAGCUCCACCUCAUGCCUGCUGCCCUCGGCCCUCUUCGCCCAGCGACGAUACCCGGCCAACUGCCUCGUCUGCCACCCCGUGAACCCGCCGUACUUCGUGCGGCUCGUGGAGCUGGUGCCGCACGCCGGCACGGGCGGCGCGGCGCUGUCGCGGGCGCACCGCCUCAUGAGGCGGCUGGGACAGGCGCCCGUCACGCUGCGCCGCGAGAUCCCGGGCUUCGCUCUCAACCGCGUGCAGUAUGCCAUCAUCGCCGAGGCAUGGCGCCUCGUUCGCGAUGGGGUGAUGUCCCCGGAGGAUGUGGACCUCGUCAUGACCGAAGGCCUCGGCCCUCGCUACGCCUUCGUGGGCCCCCUGGAGACCAUGCACCUCAACGCUGAAGGCUUCAAGAGCUACUGCGAACGCUACGAAGCCGGGAUGACGAGCAUCAUGUCUGCGUUUGGGCCUCUGCCGAACUUCGCUGGGGAAGCUCUGGACACCAUCGACCAGGCCAUGUGCGCUCGUACCCCAGCCAAUCAGGAGUCGCUGAGCGCCCGGCGAAAGUGGAGGGAUGAGCGCCUGACGGAGCUGGCAAAGAUGAAGAGUGCACAACACGCUGAAAAAUCGUGAACGUCACAACACGCGUCGAUGUGGUUGUCUUGUGGCCGAGGGCGCACAGAGAUCCUGAGUUCAAAUCCAGGUUUUGGCCACCUGCCAUUAAACUAAAUUACCAUGUGUAGUGAGUUUUAUGAUUUCAGCCUGGUCACCAGUGUCUGUACAAGAAAACCAUCGCUUAAAAGUUGAUUUUCCACCUAAAUUGGCUAUGCUUCAUCUACGAAAUUAGCGUUUUUGUAUUUACUGACAUUAAAAGGUAUGUUCCGAGGUUGGGCAACAAUAUCUAUUGAAAUGACUUCAGAAGUAUUUCUGUGAUGUCCUCUUCACGGGAUAUCUAACACAGGUUGAUGCAAUUUUAGCUGCAAUCAUUUCUGGAUAGAACGGUCUGUCUAAUUGCAGGAUACCGUUAUUACAAUGAGAGUAUAAUUGGCAGAAAUAUUUUAGAAAUAUAUAUAAAUGUAUAUUGAAAAUAAAUAUGCAACAUCAGUCGGCUGGGUGAUUCAGGGUACUGAGGCGGUGUCAGAGUAUUAAGCUCAAACUUCCUCGUAAAUGGGUCCUGGUGUUUCGGCAGUUUCUGUUUACCAACCACAAAACAACCCCGAAGAGAUGGAAGAUCGAAACAGUGAUACUCGUGUAAGAGCCAGAGGUACAAGUGACAGUGUCUCCAUCGCAGCCCAAACUUACAAGAUUGUUUCUCCCAUGCAAGUGCUUAAUCCUGGUGCCUUGUCUGAGAACUGAUGAAAUUGAGGGGGAGUUUGGUUGAGGGAAAUGUCAAAUUGUACUCUUCCCAGGAUAUUUAUAUCAAUCGCCCACAGCUUAACGCUUAAUUGGUGAACCGUGUUUGCGUGCUUUUGUUCCGUAAUGGCGCGUGAUGGGGAGUGGACUUGGCGCUAAUUUCGCAUUGGCGUCGUACACGCGAUUGUACAGAGCCGGCAGAGACAAGUCUGGGCGUGCGCGUUUGGGCGUUCAAAUGCAGUGAUCAACCGUGAUGCAUUUUAAUGGCAAAUAACGUGAACCAUCAUGAUGCCUCAUUGAGCCUCUGUGAGACCCGUCCCAUGGCCUGAGAGAGCAGCACCCUUUUGUGUGUUGUUGUGGACAUUCUCUCCGUGCCUGUGUGUGGGAAGCGAUUUGCAAGUGAUCAGGAACACAGCGCUCCGAUUACAGCAACCUCGAUUUACAAGACAGUGCCCUGUUGGCUGCAGGCUUGGGGCGAUACUCGGCUGACUCGUACGAUGUAAGGGUCCACGGGAAUGGCAGCGGCAGCGUGAUUAACGUUGCCCGUUUAUUGUUUUGCAAAUAUUUUAUUUUCUUGCAUUAAAAAUCAAGCGCAAUUAUAACUUUAAAAAAAGAACUGUUAUUACCCAUUACAUCAGUACUUUAUAAAAAAUGGAAUAAUGGUCUGGUGGUGAUAUGAUAUCAUUUUCUCAACCCUGAAUUAUUGUGUAAAUGUGCAUUAUAAGCCGAACAGAUUCGUACGUUUGCAUUGACCAUGAGACUCGUGGGCAGGCUUUUGUUGCGCUGGUUGAAGGACUGAAGCAAUGUUUGUAUUAAAAAUACAACAAAGCACAAAAACAAUAUUGAUAAAAAUGUGAAAUGCAAUGCAAGUAGGAAAGUGGUAUCGCGAUGAUCGUCAUCGUGAACAUAUCGCAUUGUGAAAAUAAAUAUCCUGUGUAUCAUGCCAACCCGAGUAGGUAGUGGUACACAGUAUAUAUCCUGUGUAUCACUGCCAACCCGAGUUGGUAGUGAUGCACAGUAAAUAUCCUGUGUAUCAUGCCAACCCGAGUUGGUAGUGAUGCACAGUAAAUAUCCUGUGUAUCAUGCCAACCCGAGUUGGUAGUGGUACACAGUAAAUAUCCUGUGUAUCAUGCCAACCCGAGUUGGUAGUGAUGCACAGUAUAUAUCCUGUAUAUCAUGCCAACCCGAGUUGGUAGUGGUACACAGUAUAUAUCCUGUAUAUCAUGCCAACCCGAGUUGGUAGUGGUACACAGUAUAUAUCCUGUGUAUCAUGCCAACCCGAGUUGGUAGUGGUACACAGUAUAUAUCCUGUGUAUCAUGCCAACCCGAGUUGGUAGUGGUACACAGUAUAUAUCCUGUAUAUCAUGCCAACUCGACUUGGGAGUGGUACACAGUAUAUAUCCUGUAUAUCAUGCCAACCCGAGUUGGUAGUGGUACACAGUAUAUAUCCUGUGUAUCAUGCCAACCCGAGUUGGUAGUGAUGCACAGUAUAUAUCCUGUGUAUCAUGCCAACCCGAGUUGGGAGUGGUACACAGUAUAUAUCCUGUGUAUCAUGCCAACCCGAGUUGGUAGUGGUACACAGUAUAUAUCCUGUGUAUCAUGCCAACCCGAGUUGGUAGUGGUACACAGUAUAUAUCCUGUAUAUCAUGCCAACCCGAGUUGGUAGUGGUGCACAAGUAAUAACCACCAAUGUCGAACAUCAUUCAACGUGGGAUGUGCCUCCCCAAGGUCAACUCUGCCUUAAAUGUCAUUGGUUGAAUCCAGCAGAUACACCAGUUAACGCUACUUAAUACUGUACCUUAAUUGUAUGUGUUUGCAUUGGAAAUGACGUGAAUUGUAAUUGAAAUGUAAUUUUUACUUUUAAUACGAGUGAUAUAGACAAUCAAACAAAAGGGAAUGCUGUUUUACAAUGAAGUCACACAAAGAAGAAAUGUCAUCAUCACAUUUUUCAAAGUGAAAACCUGUGUCCCCAUAGAAGAACCGCUAUGCAUGUGAAAUGAUAAACCGUUUAUAUUUCUCUCCGAA